AUGGGACACGGAAGACCUAUCUGCUUUAAUGAUUAUUUUCGCGCCAAUACUUGCCUGGGAGGCGACUAUCAAUCCAACGGUGGUGUCGGCAUUCCUGGCGAGAUGAAGCUUGGUUUACAAGCCGAGCGUGGGUUGCGGAAUCAGAAAAUCAUCGACAAGGGUUUGAUCGUCAGAACGGUGUAUAGGACGGGUGGAACAAUUGGAACUAUUCACGGUGCGCGGGCUAUAGGAAUGGAAGAGAAAAGCAUCGAGGUUGGAAUGUUGGCGGAUCUGGUUGUUUUCAAUGCCGAUAGCCCCUCGAAGGUCUGUGCUGCGCAGAACAAUCCUGUUGAUACAGUCGUGCUGUUCUCCACUCCUGCAGAUGUAUCUGCAGUCGUUAUAGACGGGCAAGUGAGGAAGUUGGAUGGGAAAUUAAAGAACGUCAAGGUUACUCACGACCUGAGGGAGUUAUCCAGACGAGAUGUAUUGGAGUGGAAGGAAAUUGCGAAACACCUGUCGAAGAGAAGAGAAAUUUACCGCGAAAAGAUUGACAAAGUAGACUUUGAGGAGGCGAAAAGAGACUGGAUUACUCUAAGACUCGGAACAUUGACGAGUCGAAAUGGCGGAUAA